GCACGACUUCAAGCUUGUCUAUGUCCUUCAUGUCAGCUGUGUCGGCCCAUCUUUCUCUUUCACCAAAACAUUACUUGGAUUUGCUUACCGCGCGGUGGAAAUUAGGCUGAAUACCCUGUGGCGGUUAUCCGCACCCUCGUCAUUCUCGCAUCUGCUAACCCACCGAACACCCUAGAUGACGACCAAAUACCACUCUAUACCUCCAGACAGUACGGGAGCAUCAGCUUUGGCUCAGUUUCCUCCAGACAUAUCGUUGGAAUCGCCCGUGCUAGGUUCAGUGAUAACCCUGCCGGAGGAUCCGUUGAUAUCCUAUGCAGUUUAUACCCUAACGCCCCCAGCACUUGGAACAUCUUCCGACCCAUUCUGUGUCGUUGAACAAGCCCGGAAGAGACUGGUCCGAGACAACCACUCUCGUUCGCUGGUUGACUCGCUGCUGCCGAGCGUGCAUGUCCGUAAGGAGCAAGCUGUGUUAUACGUGUUUGCCUUGGGGUCCACACAUGGGACAAGGGACAUUGCUUCAAGGUUGAAGGAACUGGUUCUGGAUGGGUUGACAGUUACCGAGUCUUUUACAUUUACACCCUCUGGGCUCUAUCCUUGUUCAACUACUUGUGCCUCUCUAUCUGGGCCAUGUUCAACCUGCUUGAGUCAGGAUGUACUCUCGUCGCUAUCCUCGCCUCAGGCCAAUUCAGGCUUCAAAUCAUCCGCAGCAACACUUCUUCCUCGACAUCCUCUACGCCGUCCGUUUACACAGUUCAUCGAAGCCAUUCGUGACCGUCUCAUCGACGAUGUUUCCCGGGCGUCCGCGAAGCCAAGCUCAUCGGGAUGUCCUAGGCUUGCGGUACGCCUGAGGGAUGGAUUUCUUCUCUUUCCUAUACAUCCUACCAGCGAGUGGGGCACGGGUUGGGAACAUUUCUCAACCGAACGGCCGCUUAUGUAUUGCCAUCUUGAUAUAAACCUAUCGCGAAAGUCCUCCACCUCCGCCCGCCUCCUUAUUCACCCCAUUCUCCAACCGACAUAUCACCUACCGUUGGGCAGAACGCUGCCCAUGCCUGCUGGAACUCCGAUUCUCCUUCUCCCAUACGGCACACCAGCGUACUAUUUGAACAUAUAUAACGGGCCCACCAAUGCUUUGAUAAUUCAAUUUGAUGAGGCAUUGGCAGGUUUGGGAACAGGAGAGUGGAAGGAUAUGUACCAGAAUCGUACUUCUUCAUCACAUCAAAGCCUGCAUACACCCCGGUUUGUCAUUGCAUGGCUUGCAGUACAGAACAAACAAGGCGAGGAGAAGGGUCUGCCUAUCAUCUGGCCCGCUAGCUUAUGUCUUUCAUAUAUUCCCCAUGCUCCAUCUUUACAUUCUCGUUCGACCCUACGCCACCUUCCCGAACUCCCUUCUCAGUUGCAAGCCUCGCCGCCACCACCUGCGCCGUAUGUCCCUCUCAGUCUACUGCAGAAAGACAUGAAGCAAACCGAAAGGUCUUCUUCCGUUGCCGCAAUGUCAUCGACAGGUAACGCGCCUCGAUCCUCAAUUCCUGCGUCUCCGAGUAUAGGUCGCCGAACUUCCUCACCUAUGCCUAAGAGGAUCGCGCCUCUACCUCCAGAACGUUCUUACCACCUAUCAUAUUCUCCAACAACUGAUUCCCUGCGUGCGUUCAAAGCCUUGACGUUAUCGUCUACUGCUGGAGACUUACCGACUGUAGCCUCAGAAGUCAGUGGCUACGUUGAGGCAGUGGCUCGUGAACGAGAAAGGGAGCGGGAACGCAUGAAGAAGGAAAAGGAAAAGGAGUUCAAGAUGUCAGGCGCAACACCCAGUAAGGUGCAAAGUAUUAUUCCCAUUCCAAUACCCACAGCCCGAUCUCCUACUCCUGUUGUGAACCCGUAUCCUGCUUCCGCUCUCGAUGGAAACCGGAUGCACUCCCAUACACCGCAAGCUCAGACCGCCAGUGAAUCGCCAACCGAACUUUUACCUGCAGCUGACAUCUUUGGUGAUCUCCCGUCUCAGGAUACCUCCAUGCCAAUGGAUGUGGAUUUUGAUGUGAGCGUUGCAGACGUUCCUCCGCCUGUCGCUCCACAGCCUAUCCCUGUUACCGACCCCAUCUCAAAUAAUUUCGAUCCGUACAAUACUUUUGAUUCGGGAUGGCCCCAACCUCAGAAUGACUUCCUCAACAUGAAUAUGAAUAUGGACUAUGGUAUGGGUUUCAACAUGAACAUAGGAUCCAUGGGUAACGGCGCGACUGCGGCUGGUCCGGCUACCACCAACUUCGGGCUCGACGAUGAUUUCGAUGCUUUCACAGAUGAUGACUUCAAAUUUUUCGACAAUCCUUCUGCCACAAACGCUGAACCGCCAACAUCGGCGAUUGAUGGCGCGUUGUCCAUGUUCUCUGGAUUUACGCCUGGUGCAAGCUCGUUACAAGUGGGGUUCUCGCCUCCUGUCAUUAGUGAGAGUACGAGUUUCUCGUACAUGGCACCUAUAUCGACUACGCUGAACCAGUCGCAGCCUUCGCCUUGGAUACCUAGCUCAUUCCGGGAUGUGUUGUCCCCUACUGAGGCUCCUCAGACGCUUCCCCAUAUGCCGUCACCGGUGAAGACACCCAUUUCACAAUCAGUUCCUUCAACUCCAGCAGUCCAACUCUCCGAUCAGUAUGUGCCCUUGCUUGCAAAUCGUCGAAAGUCGGGUCAGUUUGUUUCUGGGUCGGAGGUCUUCGAGCCAAUUCCGUUCGCCACGAGCCAUUCGGCGGCAGACAACAAGUAUGUCACUGGAAAGUUCGCACUUCCAAGUCCGCCAGAUGAAGAAGAUCGGACGGAGGAGAUAGUCAGCCGUCGUUCGUCUGUGUCUGCACCUGUGUCUGGGUGGAAGGUGCGCUAUAAAAACAUCACAGACCCUGGAGUUGGAAUCGUGCGCAAGUUGAUUGGGUCGAAGCGUAAGGCCCCGGCGCAGGGUGGUAGACAAAGCAAAUUGUCGACCUCUUGGGAGAGGGAACACGAGGAGUGGACCAGCAGCUCUCCAACUGCCGUUGACGCUGACGAGACCAAGACUGAUUCUGACAUGGAUGAUGAGCCUUGGGGUGAAGAUGACGAGACUGCUCAUUCAAUUUCUCGUCCAAUCACGCCGCCACCUCCAUACGUACCUUUGGGACCGACACUGCUGCAAACUUACUUCCAUCAUUCCCGUUUGUUACCUCUUAGCAGACCCUUGCUACCUCAAUCGGUACCUGACUCUACCACCAACAAUACGUCGGCACCAUUAUCUGUACCCACACCCGUCUCACCUGCUGCGGUGUUUGGGGCUGCAUCUGAGAAGACCAAGUCUUUGGAAGCAGCUGUUCAAAUCCUUGUCAAGGAAGUUACGGAGAAUCGGCUAUUGGCGCACGCCUGGAACGCAUGCGCUAUGGCGCGGCUUCAAACCGUGAAGCUGCCUUCGGACGUGUGGCAGGUGGAUGUGAGGCGGACAGUAGAGUUAUGUGCCGACGUAAAGGAAACGAGAUCACCCGUUGACCUGCAGUGUCUCUUUUCUGGCUUUGCCAACAGUGGAUCUACCUCAGCCACUAUCCAAUCGCUUAAGCCUCCAAUACUUUCUCUGGCAAAGUCAGAGUCAGUUAUACAGGUUCUUCCAACUGCUCUGUUGUUCUGGGAGAAGUUGGGACUCUGUCCUCGUGCUGGCGAGAAGAAUGUGACUGCUUUUGUUUUCUUCGACAGUAGGGGUGUUGUCAACGAAAGGCAGGCGGCCGAUUGGCUUGCCAAGGUAUCUGCAGCAUAUAAGGCGCGGCGUCUAGGUACGCAUACGCCCGGAGAAGCUCAAGCUUGCUCCGCAGAAGGUGUUGUGCCUGUACAGUUCGAGUCGUUUCGUAAGAUGCUUGUGGCUUUCAUCGAGAGCCUCCCUCAUCCGGAUGAGCAUCUGGUCUUCUAUGUCGCAGCUCCUCCUGCUAUACUCAAUCUCACAUCGCCGGUGUUGCGCCAAGUGCUUUCUGCAGUGAAGCGCGGCCUGAAGUCCCACUUGGGACCACGAAUUGUUUUCCAUUUCGUUCCAGAAGAUCUCAUUCUGGAUGGAAUUGGCACAUUCAAUCAGUCAAGUCUCGAUUCUUUGGUUGAUGCUGUGUACAACAGGAUCCUGCGACCAGUUGACAGAGUAUUAUCCCAAACUCUGUUCGCAGAUGCGGAGAAUACCUCCCCAACAGAAUGUGAAAUUCAUUCGGGAAUCCCACACAAGCUCUUUGGACGUUCUUGAAAGGCAUUCUAUGCUCCACGUCGGAUAUCAAGUCACUCCUGAUGGCAAAUGGCUUCUGGCUGCUUGCAUUGAUCAGCGGGGAGAAGCUCAUGACCUCAAGGCUUGGCUCGCACCUGACGAUGCUGACGAGCACUUUGCGAUCUCGAACGUCUGGUCGUUUGCUCUUGCAUUUGCUACAAAAGCGAGUUUGGAGUGGAGGAUCGUGGUCUCUAAGUUUGGACCUGUAUUGGAGAAGGAGUUAGAUGCUUGGAUUGACCACCUCGACUCCGCUAUCCCUAACGCAAACGAUUUGCCACCCAUGCAGGUAUUCGUCCUAUCUGCUGAAGAUGCCAUUUGGACGUUCCUUGCUCGUGAUGAUGACCUGCUCGAUACCCGACCUACUUCACCGAAUCGUUCAGGAAAGCAUCCACCAGGGACCAUCUUGCGCGACGUCUCUUCAACCACGUUUGCACUGUUCGCAUCAGAACAUCCUCCGCCUUACCGCCGACCAUCUCUUGCUUCUUUUCCUCAGCAGCCGUAUAUCGCGGAAGCUGAAGCUGCAGCUGACGACACUGAAGACCACUUCAUGACAUGCUCACUUGCCUCGAGCACUCUGCUUCACGUUCCCGCUGCUACAGAUUACGCCAACAUCUCCAUGCUUCAUCUACAUCUCUUUCACAUCGCACAUUCUUCCAAUUCAUCCUACAACCUGGGCCACGACGAUACUAUGCGGGAUAUUACACGGAACUUUUAUGAGCUUUCUGAACUGGCGAAGGCUCGAUGGGGUACGGAGAAACCGACUUUGCCAUUUCAUCUUGCUACGUUGGAAACCAUGAAGAUGGUCUUGGACCGUGGAGACGCUAUAAUGGAAUAAUCUUAGCUUUCUUUUUCACAUCAUGUUCAACACAUUUCCUGCUUUGUCAUUGCUAUCGUUCAUGAUACCAUAUAUCCACCUCAACUCAUGUAGUAUUACUGUACCUAUAUGCUAGCGAUAAGUCCCAUGGAUCUAGAACAUAUUCGGAGUUACUUC